CAGUUCUACCUCUUUUCCACUCCGCGUUCAGAGAGAACGACACGAUGCCCGAGUCCGCCUCGUACACAAAUGGCUACCCCAAUGGGACGGGUACAAAGGAGUGCGAAGACAGAGAGACGUUUCUUUUUACGAGUGAGAGCGUAGGAGAGGGACACCCAGACAAAAUCUGCGAUCAGGUUAGCGAUGCAGUUCUCGAUGCUCAUCUUGCACAGGAUCCCGAUGCAAAGGUUGCAUGCGAGACCUGCACCAAAACCGGGAUGAUCCUUGUGUGCGGAGAGAUUACAUCAAAGGCCGUAGUUGAUUACCAGAAGAUUGUUCGCGAAACCAUCAAGAAAAUUGGAUAUGACGAUUCGUGCAAGGGCUUCGACUUCACAACGUGUAAUCUUCUUGUUGCAAUUGAGCAACAGUCGCCAAAUAUUGCUGGUGGCGUUCAUGUAGACAGAGCUGAGGAAGAUGUUGGUGCUGGCUUUGACUACAAGACAUGCAAUGUGCUCUUGGCCCUGGAGCAACAGUGUGUGGAAAUUGCUAAUGGGGUGCACGUUGGGCGCAGCGACGACGAUAUAGGGGCGGGAGAUCAGGGUCUAAUGUUUGGCUAUGCUACGGAUGAAACUGAAGAAUGCAUGCCAUUGACUGUUGUCUUGGCUCACCGUCUCAAUCAGAAGAUUGCAGAAUUGCGCAGAGAUGGCACUUUCUGGUGGGCCCGCCCAGAUACAAAGACACAGAUCACUGCAGAGUACUACUUUGACCAGGGUGCUGCCAUUCCCCUGCGUGUGCACACAGUGGUUGUCUCUGCCCAACACUCUGAGAAGGUAACCAUCGACCAACUUAGAGCUGACAUUAUGGAAAAGGCCAUAAAGUCUGUUAUCCCAGAGCAGUACCUCGAUGAAAACACCAAAUACCACAUCAACCCUUGUGGAGACUUCAUCAUUGGAGGACCUCAGGGCGAUGCAGGUCUCACUGGCAGGAAGAUCAUUGUUGAUACGUACGGUGGUUGGGGUGCCCACGGAGGCGGUGCUUUCUCUGGCAAGGACUACACGAAGGUGGAUCGCUCUGCUGCCUACGCUGCGCGAUGGGUUGCAAAGUCACUGGUGAAGGGUGGACUUUGCAAGAGAUGUCUCGUUCAAGUAUCUUAUGCAAUUGGAGUAGCUGAGCCAAUCAGCAUCAGCAUCUUCCAUUAUGGCACAUCACAGUACACAUCAAAACAGCUCCUAGAAAUUGUCAACCAGAACUUCGACUUGAGGCCAGGCCGUAUUGUAAAGGAAUUGGGCUUGAAGCGCCCAAUCUACAGUGACACUUCUUGCUACGGACAUUUUGGCAGAGACCAGUUCCCAUGGGAAAAACCCAAAGCAAUGACCCUUCCAAAGCUUUAAGUAAAUCUUAGCUCAUCCCUAAGAAAAAGAUAGGGAUGCAUGUGGCUUCCUCAUAAUACGAGAAAAUAACGGCUUAAAUUUGGAGGAGCCAGCACUUAUAGAAAUUUAGUUGACCAGUUAGUGUAGUGCAAAAUAUUUAAUCUUUUUAAAUUGCAUUUGUUGGAGUUUGUGAUAGCACAUCCUUGUGUCAGGCAGGCACUCGGGCACUGUGUAUGUGCGACCUGGUGAUUGUAGGUGCUAGGCCAGGGGGUGCCUGGUGUCUCCCCCGGCCUGGCCUGCCCCUAACCUCGAGGACCCCUGCAAGAUGACCACAGUUUCAAGUUGGCACAGAUGAUGGUUCUGUUUUGCCAUGUAAACGUCCUUUGUUUGUGCCAGACUUGACACUGCAAAUGUGUAGGAUUAGCAAGAUUUUCCUCUAGAGUUUUUUAUACAAGAUCUACGCAUUUGUGUUGUGUUUACGAAAAUUCUAAUGGAAAAGAGCAUUUCCUUAAACACUCCGGCCACCUUUCUGGGAUGGGGCAUCACUUGCUGACACAUUCCUCGAGACUUGAGAGUUAGGGUCUUUUUAGGUUUUAUCCUUUUAUUUAGAUUUAGUAGCUUAUUGAAGAUGUAUGUCUACAUUGUAUUUGUUAUGAUUAAGCCGAUUCUAUACACGCAGAAUGUAUACCAUUCGGCUGAUUAAAAGUUAUUCGUGUAC